AUGUCGUGGAUGCAGGUUCUCGGGAUUGGAGCUGCCUGCUGGCUCCUAUACCAAUGGGUUUUAUUCCAUAUCACCAAGCGCAAGCUUCGACAUAUCCCAACCGUUGGCUCAGAUGGCUUCAUUACAUCCUAUAUCUCAGCCUGGAAAUUCAUGGUCAAUGGUCAUCAAAUGAUUCAGGAAGGCUAUGAAAAGUACCCUGGCAAAGCCUUCAAGGUUCCAACACUUGUGACACCCAAUCGUUGGCUGAUCAUCGUCAGCGGCACCAAAUUAGUUGAAGACUUCCGAAAAGCCACAGAGGAACAACUCUCCUUCAAGAACGUUGCAUUCGAGCUUCUGCACACCGAUCAUCUUUUUGGGACGGCGAAUAUGCGCACGGAGCCGUAUCACAUUGACGUCGUCCGUGGACCAAUGACAAGAGGGUUCCCGGGACGUUUUGACGAGAUCAAGGAAGAGAUCCACGAAUCCUUCUCCGACCUUAUGCCGCCAAGUGACGAUUGGACGCCCUAUGCGAUACACAGCGCCUUAAUCCCGAUCGUGUGUCGAACAAGUAACCGACUGUUCGUUGGCCUACCUCUUUGUCGUAAUCCGGAGUACCGCAGGAUUCAAGAAAACCUCACUAUUCAUAUCUUUGCGGCAGCCAACUUCUUGAAUGUCCUACCAGCAUUUAUGAGACCGCUCGUUGGCCGCCUAAUCACCAAGUUCCCCGCGGAUAACAAGAGGCUUCAGAAACACUUGGGUCCCUUGAUCAACGAGAGGAUCGCAAUGGACGAAGCAAAUGGACGCAAGUGGGAAGGUCGACCAAACGACCUUAUUUCGUGGUUGUUGGAUCUUGUUCCUCCUGAGCUCAAGAACCUCCCGGACUUGACUCUACGAAUCAUCUCAAUCAACAUUGCCGCCAUCCACACCACUUCUAUUACGCUCAGCAAUACCCUCUUUGAUCUCGCACCCCGCCAAGAGUAUAUCGAGCCUCUGCGCAAGGAGGUAGAAGAGAUUAUUGAAGAGUAUGGCUGGACGAAGGAGGCUAUGGGCAGAAUGCGCAAGUUGGAUAGCUUUAUCAAAGAAUCCAGUCGUGUUUCUGGAUUGGCAUCUCUGUCUGUCACUAGGAAGUCCAUGACAGACUACAAGCUUUCCGAUGGGACUGUCCUCCCAGCCGGGUUCCGAGUCGCUGUGGCUGCCAUCCCGACCCACCUUGAUCCCUCCGUAUAUGACGACGCCGCAGAAUUCAAGGGCUUCCGAUUUGCCGAGAAGAGGGAAGGCGGUGAAGAGUUCGACCACCUCCGUCACCAGAUGGUCUCCCUCGACCCCAACUUCUUGUUCUUUGGACAUGGUCGUCCCGCUUGCCCUGGUCGCUUCUUCGCCGUCAACGAGGUCAAAGCCAUGUUAGCAUACAUCCUCAUGAACUACGACUUCAAGCUGCCAGAAGACAGCAAGACGCCGCCAUCACCCCACUGGUUCGCAUCAAACCGAAGCCCUAACCAGUUCGCAAAGAUCUUGUUCAGGAAGCGUCAAAGGGCGUAG